AACCAUUAUUGCAUACACACUGCUGACUAUUCACCAUGGGCAAAGGUACUCUUGCUAUUGCCAGUGUUUUUAUUGGAGUUGGUACUUUAAUGGUACUUCAGAUGGGCUGUGAACCCUACAACAGGCCAUUGAUAAACCAAUGCUCUGUGUCAGAUCUGCUGCAGAGGGACCCUAAUGAGUUGCCUCCUUUUUAUCGCACUGGUCUGCCUGUCGUUGACAAUAUUGGAUGCUUCUUGACUACUUUUUUUAAUGACGCCAAAUCUUCCGAUCUAAAUAUAUUUAUACUUCGUUCGGUUGCCAGUUCAGCCAUGGCCUUUUUCAUUAUUGCCGCCAUUGAAAGUACCCGCACUACGUCCCGCUUAUUUGCUCGUUGGUAUCUCGCCGUUGCCGUCAUCGCACAAGGUUUUGGCAUGUGUGUUGCAUCUACGUUGCUUUGGCUUCCGUCACUUAUGAUGGGUUAUUCGGGAAAAAACAAACAUGGAGCACUUAGAUCUGGCAUAGUAUGGACGAUUGCCAUACUUCAGCUUAUUCCUACCAUUGCGGUUCUCAUUAUGAUAGAGGGACCUUCGAAUAUAGACACGCUUGCAUUUACAGUAUUUGUAUUCACUUAUGCGCCGAUUGUUAUGCCAUUGGUGUGGAUUCCUGUCGGUCUGCUACUCUACAUUAUAUAUGGUCCAGUGCAUACAAUUCCCAAUGCCAUGCGCACUGGAAGUCGUGUUGCACAUGUUUUGUACGAAGUCCUUAGUGUUGCAUCUGCCGUGUAUUGGCUCUAUUCUCUUUGGGCUCUUGUAUUUCCACUAAAUAUACUUCCUUCUGCUAUAUUGCCCACCACUCUUUCUCAAUUUACAUCGCUACUACAAUCAUCCUGGUCUAUUGAAUCCAUUUCCGCGGCCUUCAUGUCAAUAGAACAGGUUCAAUCUACAGAGCUCAUGAGCAUUUUUGACGAUAUUGUGAGAACUGCCAUUCAUCCUACCGGUAAAGAACUAGUUGGGUUCUUUUUGGGCGUGGAUCUACUUGUUGUAUGGCUUGCAAUGAUCUUGUGGUCUGGAGUGGAAGACGGAAUAUGCACUUCACUUCGAAUGGUUGUAGGUGGAAUAGUGUUUGGACCUGGUGCUAGUAUCUUUUCGUAUGCUGCCAGAAGGGAAACAAGACUUGGCGGUUUAAAUCAUUCUGCAUAUGCUAAAUCAAAGAUUGAGUAAAGAUCAGUUUCAACAU